AUGGGAGUAACUAGCCUGUGGCAGAUCCUGGAACCUAUCAAGCAACAUGUCCCUCUCUGCAGUCUUAAAGGAAAAACAUUAGCUGUUGAUUUAAGUCUCUGGGUGUGUGAAGCACAGACAGUUAAGAAGAUGGUGGGAAUAGUCACAAACCCGCAUCUUAGGAAUCUUUAUUAUCGCGUCUCUUCUUUAACACUGAUGGGGGUCCAUCUGGUGUUUGUCACGGAGGGAGAUCUCCCAAAACUGAAAACCAGCACAGUGAAGAAGAGAAUAGAAGCUCGCUUUGGCCCAUCGAAAAAGCCUGGGAUUGCAAAAAAAGGGAGAUCCCGUUUCAAAUCUAUUUUGAAAGAGUGCCUUGAGCUGCUGGAGUGCUUGGGAAUGCCAUGGAUUCAAGCAGCUGGAGAAGCAGAGGCCAUGUGUGCCUAUCUGAAUGCAAAUGGCUAUGUGGAUGGGUGCAUCACCAAUGAUGGAGACAUCUUCCUUUAUGGCGCUCAAACAGUUUAUCGAAAUUUUACCAUGAACGUCAAGGACCCACAUGUUGACUGCUACUUGAUAUCUGAUAUUGAAGAGAAACUAGGCUGCAGCAGAGAAUCUCUGAUCGGAUUAGCAAUUCUGCUUGGCUGUGAUUAUCUUCCUAAGGGAGUUCCUGGAGUAGGAAAAGAACAGGUUUUAAAGUUGAUCAAAACUUUAAAAGGACAGAGUUUACUGCAAAGAUUUGAGUCCUGGAAAGACCAUUUGCAAUCUGGUGAUGUCCCAGUAUCAACAGCUAAAAAACCACUUCACUGUUCUGUGUGCCAUCAUCUAGGUUCUUAUAAAGAUCAUGAGGACAGAGGAUGUCAGAUCUGUGGCAGUGUAGGAUACUGUGAGCCCCAGGAUGCUGACUACUGCUGCCCCUGUGACUGGCACUCUUCUGAGUCAAAGCAGCAACCAAGCUUAGUGGAGGAAGGUAUUAAAAAAAAAGCCAUGGCAUGUGAAGGUUUUCCCUUUCCUGAGGUUAUCCAAGAGUAUCUCAUCAGCAAAGACAAACCAGUGAAAUUAAAUGAGUGCCAAAGGCCAAAUUUAUUAUCUUUUCAAAGGUUUGCUGUCAAGAAAAUGAACUGGACCGAGCAGUAUGCCUGUGAGAAAUUGUGUAGCCUUCUGACUUACUAUGACAUGAACAGAAAGAAGUCUGGUUAUACUGAUCCAAAGCAUCUGCAGGCCCUGCGGAUAAUCAAGACACGGAUUAGAAAUGGAAUUCCCUGUUUUGAAAUUGCGUGGCAAAAGCCAGAUCAUUAUUCUGCUGCAACUGAGGAUCAGUCUGCAGAUCCCUUUCUAAUAACAAUAGAAGAGUCAACUCUAUUUGAGGCCGCCUAUCCUGAAGUGGUUGCUUUGUAUCAAAUGGAGAAGUUGAAAAUUGGCAGGGAAAAAAAGAAAAGUAAGAAAAAAACUAAAGAGAAAGAAUGCUUAGCAGGGGACAGCAAAGUAGAAGAUACUUUUUCUGACCUGACCUGGCAACCUGCGCGUGAAAAUAUUCUCAGCCAAGGUUCAACAUCUGAUUUGGGGCUUGUUUUUGAUAUGCAAAAAUUUCCAAAAAAGAGCUGUUUUUUAUCAGGCUCUGCAGAUUUUUCUACUGCAUUAGGAAAGCCAAGCAACUUCUUUUUUGCUUCACAAAAUACAGAAAAUGAAUAUAAACCUUCUAAUUCUUUAAUCUCACCAACAGAAUUUUUUCUGAAGGAGCCUAUGGCUCCUUCCGCAAAUAUUGAUCUGCAGCUGAGUGGCAUUGACUGGGAAGGGACAUCCUUCAGCAUUUCUCCAAGGAAUGUUAAUCUUCCUUGGUAUUCAGAAUCUGAGUCUGGCCUGGGCAAUAAUUCUUUAAAGCUGUGCUGUCCACCAUACAGUAAAGCAGCCAAUAUCCUCACGCAGCAUUCAGAUUCUGCACAACAUGAUCCCAGUCUGGUCACCGGUCUAGAUUACUCUGUUUCAAAUACAGACUUUCCUAAAGAGAAGAAUGAUUUGUCUUUAAAAGAUAGAGCCACUAUGGAAAGUUUAGAAGCUUUCCCCAAAGCUAAAAAUGUGCCUUUGUUAAAUGCCAUACAACUGCAAGAACAAAUAAAGAGAACUUCCAAACCUGGAGAAGAAUUUUCGUCUCCUCCUAGCAGCAUUCAGGAAAUUGAAAAUGUGAUGUUACUAGAAAAACACCUGCAGGGGCUAAGCUUGGAGAACUAUAAAGAAGCUCUCCAAAGUUCUGAGAACCCACGAACUGCAGCAGGUAAAGUCCUGGAUUCAGGAAGUUCUUUGAGGUUGUGCACUGAAACGCUAAAAGUGAGUUGCUUAGAAAACAAACAGCCAAUUUUGCCAUCUAGGUCAAAUAAAGUCCUAGAUAACUGUCAGGUUGGGAAAAAACCUGUGCCAAGAAUCAUGAAAAGCUCCCUUAAGAAGAGUGUGUGCCAAAAUAGUUAUCAUGCUGAGGACAGCGAUAGUGAAAAUGUGGAAGGCAGGUGGAAGGGUCACAGGAUCCCAAAACAGCAAAGAAAGAGUCAUAUGGUUCAGCGGAAGGACAAGUGCAAUGGCAAAAGGGACAACAAGAAAUUGGCAUUUGAAAUUCAGCCAGAAGCAGACGGGAAAGAUGAGCAGGCCCUUAAAUUACUCAACACUGAUUUAUCAACAGAAGAACGUCUGCCGCUCUCCAAAUGUGGAUUCGAUCCUUGUCUUCAGGAGACCAGAAGCGAUUUGGACAUGUGGCUUGAGAGUCCGCUGCCUCUGUCUGAAAGGCUAAAGCACAGAUUGAAGAGCAGUUGA